UUCUGUGCUAAUUGGAAUCCUGAUCAUCGUUCCAAUAUCAAGCUCAGUAUCGACUUCUCAAGACAGAAUAAGUGUUGUAGCAUAGUGAUGGACUUAACUUGAAGCUUGUAAAUUUAAAUCAUGGUAUUCUUUACAUGGACCCUGCUGUUUCUUAUUGUAACCUGUAUCCAACAGCUCAUGUGUACCAGUGGUACUGAAGAUAUUGGUGGUUAUAUUGGCUCCAACAUUGAGAUAGCAUGGAUACCCAACUUAGAUGGAUUGAUGAAGGGAUAUGCAAGGAAUUUUAGACCGGGGAUUGGAGGGCCUCCAGUGAAUGUUGCUGUCGACAUUGAAGUCACCAGUAUUGACCACAUUUCUGAAGUGAACAUGGAAUACACAAUAACUGUUUUUUUGCGACAGAGCUGGAGGGAUGAGAGGCUCUCUUACAAUUACACCAAAAAAACUCUUGGCUUCGACUGUCGAUUUGUUGAGAAGAUUUGGAUUCCAGAUACAUUCAUUGUAAAUUCCAAGUCUGCCUGGUUCCAUGACGUAACUGUGGAAAACAAACUAAUUCGAUUGCAACCGGAUGGGGUCAUCUUGUACAGCAGCAGGAUUACUUCUACAGUCGCGUGUAACAUGGACCUAACAAAGUAUCCGAUGGAUGAACAGGAAUGCAUGCUGGACCUUGAGAGCUAUGGCUAUUCAGCCGAAGACAUUACGUAUCAGUGGUCAGAAAUUCAGGAUCAGAUGCAUGGACUGGAUAAAAUCGAGCUUGCUCAGUUCACCAUUACCGGUUACAGAUUCACAAAAGAACAGAUGAACUUUAAAUCAGCUGGUCAGUUUCCUAGAUUGUCCCUCCGGUUCCAGCUGAGAAGAAAUCGAGGGCUUUACAUUAUACAGUCCUACGUUCCAUCUAUCCUGCUAGUGGUUAUGUCUUGGAUAUCCUUCUGGAUCAGCCAAUCAGCUGUGCCCGCGAGAGUCUCGCUCGGUAUCACCACUGUACUCACAAUGACAACAUUGAUGAUUAAUGCUCGGUCAUCUUUGCCUAGAGCAUCUGCUGUCAAAGCCCUUGAUGUCUACUUCCUUAUAUGUUAUGUGUUUGUGUUUGCUGCUCUGGUAGAGUAUGCUUUUGCUCACUACAACGCAGACUACAUGAAGAAGCAUGAAAGGACAAAGGACAAUAAAAUGAACAAAAAGGUGAACAUCAGAGAUGGCAGAUUAGCCAUUGCAUUGUUCUCCCUUUCAGUAAUGGGAAUGAAUCCAGACAUUUCGAUGAUCAAAAGUCAACGCAGGCAAGAUCAAAAGGCAACGAGCAGCCCCAUAGACACCAGAGAACAUCAGAAAAAUGUAUUCCAAGGUUUUAGACAUGAAAAAAGCCGGCUGAAAUCUUUACUGAAGCCAAUAGACGCAGAUACAAUUGAUGUUUAUGCCAGAGCUGUUUUCCCAGCUGCCUUUGGUGCAGUUAACAUUAUCUACUGGUUGGUUUAUAGAAAUUAAAUAAGACAAAUUGAUGUAUCCUCAGCCGGUUACAGAUACAAGGCUAAUGUGUGUAUGCUGUUCCAUUUAACUCCUUGCGUCAAACUUUUAAUGAAAACCACUAAUAAAGACACUCAGUUUAAGUUAUUUACAAUAGUGGUAAUGGUAUUACUUCCUGAAUCCUAAGCUGUAUAUACCAUUGAAUCACAAUAAAUGGACAUGUUAUUUUAUAUUACUCUCAUCACUUUUUGUGUCUGUGAAAUAAGCAUGCUCGCUGUGAUCCAUUUAAAAUAAACAAUGAAAGCUGCAGAUAGAACAGCUUUAUUAAAGGAACUCUAUAGGAUUAUGAACACAAACAGGAGCCACAAGGUACCAGGGUAUUUAUGAAGUUUGAAACCAUAUGUAUAAACCACACCAUCAAAUCAAAACACAUA